AUGCUGUUGACAAAAUUGGAUGGGGAAUCAAUGCGACUUGCCAUGACUGCGCCAAUCAUGGAUUGGAAGUCUCGGCUCACCCACCAAGCUCUUCCAGACCAGUUACUGGCUGCUUUAACGACAACCGGAGUGGAACCUGGCCACAUUGACCCCAGUCGUAUCACUCGGUUUCGCCAACAAUUCCGCCAUCCGGGCCUAAUCGGCUUGGCUUAUAUGCACAAAUCGCCAAACCUUGCCGUUGAGCUACGUUCUUGCUAUGCUAUUUGCUACCACUAA